CAGAAAGCUUUAACCAAACAUGUCAGGGGUGAAAUAACGUGAAAACCUCAAUAUUCACGGUUUCUAAACCGCUGGAAUAUUUGCAUUUUAUAACCGACAUGUAUGGCUUCACGCAAAUUUCGUUCAUAAAUCAAGCCACUAAAUGGAUCUUAGCGCGCGAGGACAGUUUAAUUGUCAACUGUACGUUAAUACCAACUGACAUCUUUUUUUAAAUUUUGGGCUAGCUAGGUAGCUAACACUAUUUUGUUAUCUACUAUUUGAAGUAACAACAACGCAUAAACUUACUCGAUAAACUGUUAACAUACAGAUUUCAGCGGAAAUAUGAGUGUAGUUGAGUCAUCCUUCAAUGUUGAAGAUGUCUUCAGGUUUCUGCAGACUCCUGCCAAAGAGACAGGCAUGAAAAUAGAGGAGAUGUUAAGUAAUCUCAAAAAGUUACAACAAGUCAAGUUAGUUCUUGACGAGGAAGUGAAGGAGGCCCUUUUGCUGAAAAAUACUUUACAUGAUGAAGACAAUGCAUUGACUGCUGAGGUCUUAAAUCUACAGGGAAUUUUGAAUGAAAAAGAAGAAAAACUCAGAUCUCUUCAAUUAAAAUGUGUCGACCUAGAACAAGAGUCACAGAAGCAGUGUGAGCUAAAACAACAGAAAGAGGAACUUGUGCAACAGUACAGCUGUCAAAUUCAAGAAACCAACUUGAGACUCAGGAAAAUUCGGAUGAAGUUUGAAAAUCAACUGCUGCAGCUGAUUGGACAGCAUAAGAAUUUAUGCACUCUGUUUACUCCAGAGAGACUCCCUACUGAGGUACAAUCUGCUGAAUACACCACAGAGCAAUUGCUGAAAGCUGAGCAACAGAAGUUGGAGCAGGUGGCAAAUUUGCAAGCAGAACUGAGUAAUUUCCAAAGCACAAAUAUGGAUCUGGAUGCUGUGACACAGACGCAUGAAAAAUGUAUUUUACUUUCACAGUGAAGCAAUACAGACUGAUCUUACACAGAAAUGACACUGUUUUUGAUUUUUAUUUUUUUGCAUUUUUUGUGCUCUGUUGUUCCUCACAUGACCAUUUUGGCAGUUCUGGCU